GAGACGGCAUUUCCGCUGCCUUCUCUCUUUACCCCUUGUUCUCUCGUUCGCGACUCUCUCCCUCCCUCGCUCCCUCCCCCCACCCCCCGUGUUUCCAAACUGAGCCAGUUCCAUCCCUCUUCCAAGGCCCAGCCACCCUCGCUAGCGUCCAAACCUUCCACCCUCAACAAAAUAAUCCAUUCCAAUUUUAUAUCGUGCCGUUUAAAGCAACUUAUUUGACCAAAAUCAAGACCUCAGACUGAGGAGGGCCACAGAAUGAUUGCAGGGGAUGCAGAAAGUAAGCCUGGUGACAGUCAACAAGAGGUGGUCCAGCCAUCACCGGUUGUCACCGAUGACAUAAUGACCCGACGCCUGAAGAACAGGGAGCGGCAGCGAAGAUACAGAGCAAGGAAGCGCCUUGAAGCAGAUAUGAAGAAAUCAUGUUUGCUAGGCCAACAUGCAUUGGUGCCAAGUGAAGCACAAUCAAACAGAAUUUUUGUUAAUGUUAAUCCCUACCAAUUUGUACUGCCACUUGGGGUGCAGACAAAUGGAGUCACUAUCACAUAUGAAGCCCGUGUAUAUUCUGGUCGAAAAUGGAAACAGGAUGCAAGGGGAGCACAUUUAUUCCAGGACCUAAUGGAGCAACCAAAUGUGCCAAGCGUGCCUCCUCACUUGGGAAAGCCACCAUUAGAAGCUGGAUCCAAUCUUGUGUGUCAUGCAAAUCCAGCUGGUAAAAGACACUGGAAAGCAGAUGCAAGAAACAAGGUCGAUGUGGAUGUGGGAGCUGAGUAAUUCUCUCCAAAGCUCUUCGUUUCAAGUUACUGAAAGGUGUAGAAAGCACCAUGUAUCUGCUUCAAAGAAAACAUGGCAAAUAAAUGUAAAGUUUGAUUGUUGGGCAUCCUGUUCAGCGAUAUCCUUGACUGAAACCAGGAAUUGCCUCGUGGGAUACGUUUGCUAGGUGUUGUGCUUCAUGCUUUUUGCAUGGACUGUUUUUUGUGGUCUGUAAUUGAGUUUUGACCGCAAAAAGGGUGCUACCGAACAUCUUGAGGGUGUUGGACUUUGUAUUUCUAUGCAUGACAGGGAUCUCAAGUUCGUUGGUCUUGCAAUCAGACAGAACAAAUAA